UCACGUCGACAUCUACAAACCAAAUGUAGAUCUUCACAUGAGUUUCAGUUUAAUAUUUAGUACCAGUGUGUGUGCUUUUGCUUUUUUAAAAAACUUUUUUUCUUUUUUUUUUUAAUGCCAGUAUAUUUUAAGGUUUCAUUUUUUACUAAAGAUAAUAUUUGAACUUCACACUGAUGGGGACCUGUCAGAACGAGCAUAAACUUUACAACAUUCUUCUUUUAAUUACUUUUGCUUGUGGUUUCAACCUGGAUACAGAACAUCCCAGAAUAUUCAGGUCACCAGAGAAGGGUUUUGUCUUUGGUCACCGGGUUUGUCACUUUGGAUCCAAUGUGAUGGUGACAGACCCUUUCCAUGGUAAUGGGACCGGUAGCAUAUACAGGUGCUUUUAUAAUGAUGGCCAGUGUAAGAGUGUUCCAGUCAAAGUUAAUCAGAACUCUGCAUUUGGGCUUUCACUUGCCUGUGGUAACCAUCGAGCAGUGGUGUGUGGCCCUCAUCUGCAGCAGAAAUGUGAGGGCUUUAAUUAUCUGAAUGGGAUUUGUGUGGAGUUCAGUGACAAUCUCAAACAAUCUCAUACACUGAAACCUGCUUUCCAAGAAUGUCAUAAGAUUCCGCCACUGGAUGCAGUCAUUCUGUUUGAUGAUUCCCAAAGUAUCAGCAAUGAUGAUUUCUCCAAAAUGAUUAAUUUCAUUAAGGCUAUAAUCAAGACCUUCCAACUCCCACGUUCACAGGUGGCUGUGGCUAAGUUCUCCACUGAAUCUUCAGCAGUUUUCCAGUUUGACAAUUUUGCUCAAGAUCAAGAUGCAGACAACCUAAUGAAAGAGGUUGACCAUUCUCAGGGACAAACAUACACACCUUCAGCCAUUCGCUUUGUUCUAGAGAAAAUGUUCUUGAAGGACAUGGGAAUGAGGAAUGAAUCUCAGAAGCUGCUGGUUGUGAUCACAGAUGGCAAGUCCAAUGACCCAUUAGAGAGCUUUGACACAGUCAUCCCCUUGGCUGAGGCAAGAAAUAUCAUCAGGUUCGCCAUCGGGGUGGGUAAGGAAUAUUCUCAUGCCGAGCUGGAUCAGAUAGCGUCCUCCUCUCGUUAUGUGCUUGAGACAGACAGCUUUAGUGCUCUUGCCUCUAUUCUGAAACAACUGAAGGAGAAGAUCUUCUCUAUUGAAGGGCUAGAUGAAGGGUACUCAAGCACCAUCCAGCUGGAGCUGUCCCAGGGUGGCUUUUCUGUUGCUCUCUCAGAGGAUGAGAGUGUGUUUGGAGCUGUAGGGGCAUAUUCCUGGUCAGGUGGGAUGGAGAAAGUUUUGCAACUGAAUGCUUCAUUCAUUAAUACCUCAGGCCUGCAGGUGGACAUGCGAGAUUCCUACCUGGGUUAUUCAGUUGCUGUGGCGAAGUUGGAAAACAGCACAGUAUACUUUGCAGGGGCUCCAAGAUACAAGCACACAGGCCUAGUGUUGGGAUUCAGUCAGAACUCCAGGCACAAGCACUGGGAGGUCUCUCAUAGGGCAGAUGGUUCUCAGCUUGGCUCAUAUUUUGGAGCUGAGCUGUGCAUGUUAAAAGAUAGUGGAGGAGUAGGAUUAUUGGCAGUGGGGGUUCCUAUGUAUCACGCUCUUGGUGUGGGAGGAGAAGUCCAUAUCUGUUCAUUAGCUGCUGGGCCUCUGAACUGCUCAGAUGUGUUGCGGGGCGCAGCAGGCAAUGUUUUUGGUCGCUUCGGAUCGUCCCUGGCAACACUAAAGGACCUCAAUGGAGACAAUCUUAUGGAGCUAGUGGUUGGUGCACCUCAUGAGGAACAAGGCAGAGGGGCAGUUUACAUUUUUCUGAGCUGUCCAGGAGGCAUCAGAACCAAAUACAGUCAGAGGGUGUUGGGGGGAGCUGUGGGUGCAGAGCUGCAGUACUUUGGUUUGUCUCUCCACUCUGCUGGAGAUCUGAGCUCCGACGGCCUCCCUGAUGUAGUGGUGGGGUCCAGGGGAGCUGCCACGGUGCUGAGGACUCACCCAGUCAUGUGUGUAUCGGUGAAUAUUACACUUGACCCAUCAGUCAUACCCCAGAACUCCUUCCAUUGCGCCACCUCUCAUGGCUUUAACACCCCUGUCUCCAAAGCAACUGUUUGCAUCACCCUAAAAGAAGUUUCAAUGGGCACCAUUACUAGCCCCCUCCAUGCUGAUGUGUCCAUGUCUCUGGAACUGGACACUGGGGUAACACCCCCUCGUCUCUUCUUCUCCUCCGCGUCUAGCAGGCAUCAGUGGAACACCACACUCAACAGGACCUGGGACUGCAACACAUUCUCCAUCACCACCAGGAGGUGUAUAUCAGACUACCAUGAUGUGCCUCUGUCUGGAAAGCUCACUGUAAUUGGAAAAGCUAUAAAAAACACAGAAGGCCUGAAACCCAUCCUCAGCCCUGAAUGUCCCCCCGUGUUCACACACAUGGUAUUGCUGGAGAAGGUAUGUGGGGAGAAUCAUGUAUGUAUCUCUGAUCCAAACAUGUCUCUCAAAUUCAGCAGAGAUAUGGUGGUGAAUAUUGAAGGGUUUCCUGUGGAACUGUCAGUGGUUGUAGUUAAUAAUGGAGAGGAUUCAACAGAUACAGACCUUCUGUUUCUCCACCCGUCCAUUCUCUCCUUCACACAUGUCACAGUGGUGGAGUCCAGUGGAUAUGUGGGCUGUGUGUCUAAUAACACAGGCCAAGUCAAAAUGAGCCACACCACAUGCAAACUCAGCUUCACUCUAAGGAAGAAUGCUAAGGUUGUGUUGAAUAUGUCAUUUGAAGUAUCUGAGCCCUCAGCUCUAAGUAAUCAGCUGGCUGUGAAUGCAUCUGUAUCAAGUAAGAAUGAAAAUCCCACAACUCUCCAUGACAACACUGUCAUAGUGUAUGUGCCAUUUAAGAGGAUUGUCAACUUCCUAUUGCAAAAUAAUGGCUCCACAAGAUAUAUCAGAUACCAUCAAACUACGCAACUCCAACACACUUAUCAGGUGAUGAAUUUGGGGGAAUUGUCUGUCCCUGUCAGUGUGGUGUUUGUGUUGCCAGUGGAUAUGCGUUCUGGUUUCUUGUGGGAUGUUUCUCUUUCUGCAGUUAAUGGUACCGUGGCAAAGUGUGAACGGCCAGUGACGCUGAAAAACAUGUCACUUUACAGUGAGUAUUGCAGUGGGUCCAGAUGUCAUCAAAUUACUUGUAGUAUUGACCAUAUAAGCCAGCCAGUUACCUUCAGCUUCUCUGGUAACAUCACCCGGAAAAAGGUGUCUGGAAUGCAGAUAAAUGUGUUGAGUUGGGGAGUUAUCAAAUUUGAUGAGGAUCGUUACACUCAGUACCUUAACGACGACGCUCUUAUGUGUUCGAUUGUCACAGAGGUUGAGUUACCAUCACAGACUCAGACAGUUCUGAUCGCUUUCCUGUCUGUGUUCUUUGGGAUAUUGGCAUUGGUGAUUGUGUUUCUUGUGCUUUAUAAGGUUGGGUUCUUCAAAUUUGCUCAACAUCCUGCUCAACAGGCAGGUGUAUUGGGAGCGCCCUCCAGUGGGGAAGAUGGGUGUAACCUUCCAGCUGAUGGGAUGGCUGAGCAAGGCAAAACUUCAGUCAGCCAAAACACAAGUAGUGCGCCUGACGAAUCUGGAGUAAUACAAGCAGCCAGUAAUCACACUGCAGAGAGCACUGAUUUCAAUAUAAAGGAGACAGCUAUCAUAUAGCUCAUCACAAACUGUCCUGUGCUAUUCCAUUGCGUCUCUGCUAGUACCAGCUUCUGCAGUUAAAAACGAUCAGAACCGGUGUGAAUGGUUUCAGAGAACAAUAUGCAGCUUUGGUACAGUUAGAAAGAACACAGUUUCAUUAAAUAAAUUCUUUUUUAAAAAAUCGA